AUUCAAAAAUAUUCUAUUUGUUUUAUUAGUUUUUUUUUUUUAUUUUUUUUUAGAAUAAUAAAUUUUUUUUUUAUAAUUUAUUUUAUUAUAAAUAAUAUAGUAGUUUUUUUAGAGUGAGAGAUUAUUUCUUUUAAUUCUUUAAGAAUUGUUAUAUCUAUUUUAUUAGAUUGAAUAUCUUUAUUAUUUAUAAUAUUUGUUUCUUUAAUUUCUUCUGUGGUAAUUUUUUAUAGAAAAAGAUAUAUAAGUUCAGAAUUAAAUUUGAAUCGGUUUAUUAUUUUAGUUUUAUUAUUUGUUUUUUCUAUAAUUUUAUUAAUUAUUAGACCUAAUAUUAUUAGAAUUUUUUUAGGUUGAGAUGGAUUAGGUUUAGUUUCUUAUUGUUUAGUAAUUUAUUAUCAAAAUAUUAAAUCUUAUAAUGCUGGUAUAUUAACUGCUUUAUCAAAUCGUAUUGGUGAUGUUUGUAUUUUAAUAGUAAUUGCUUGAAUAAUAAAUUAUGGAAGAUGAAAUUAUAUUUUUUAUUUAAAUUUUAUAAAUAAUGAUUUUGAAAUAUUAAUUUUAGGGAUAUUAAUUAUUUUAGCGGCUAUAACUAAAAGAGCUCAAAUUCCUUUUAGUUCUUGAUUACCUGCUGCUAUAGCUGCUCCAACUCCUGUUUCUGCUUUAGUUCAUUCUUCUACAUUAGUUACUGCUGGAGUUUAUUUAUUAAUUCGAUUUAAUAUAUUAUUAAGAGAAAUAAUUUUUAUAAAAAUAUUAUUAUUAUUAGGAGGUUUAACUAUAUUUAUGGCUGGUAUUUCUGCUAAUUAUGAGUUUGAUUUAAAGAAAAUUAUUGCUUUAUCUACUUUGAGUCAAUUAGGAUUAAUAAUAAGAAUUUUAAGUAUAGGGUUUCCUGAUUUAGCUUUUUUUCAUUUAUUAACUCAUGCAAUAUUUAAAGCUUUAUUAUUUAUGUGUGCUGGGGUUAUUAUUCAUAUAAUAAAUGAUAUACAAGAUAUUCGUUUUAUGGGUGGGGUUAGAUUUUAUAUUCCUUUAACUUCUUUAUGUAUAAAUAUUUCUAAUUUAGCUUUAUGUGGUAUUCCCUUUUUAGCUGGAUUUUAUUCUAAGGAUAUAAUCUUGGAAAUAGUAAGUUUAAGAAAUUUAAAUUUAUUAGUUUUUAUUUUAUAUUAUAGAUCAACUGGGUUAACUAUAUUUUAUACUAUACGUUUAUUGAUAUAUUUAAUAAUUAAUGAUUUUAAUUUAGUUUCUAUUUAUAAUUUAUAUGAUGAAGAUUAUGUUAUAUUAAAAAGUAUAUUUGUAUUAUUAUUAAUAAGAAUUAUUAGAGGGGGUAUAUUAAGAUGAAUAAUUUUUCCUUAUCCUUAUAUAAUUUAUUUACCUUUUAAUUUAAAGUUAAUAGUGAUUUAUGUUACUUUAUUGGGGGUUAUAUUAGGGUAUUUAAUUAGAAAUAUAAAUAUUUAUUCUUUAAAUAAAUUUUUAAUAAGUUAUAGUUUAAGAAAUUUUUUAAGUUUAAUAUGAUUUAUACCUAAUUUAUCUACUUAUGGAUUAAAUUAUUAUUUUUUAAAUUUAAGACAAAAUUUAUAUAAAAAUAUUGAUAUAGGAUGAAGAGAAAUAUAUAGAGGUCAAGGUAUUUUUAAUAUUAUAAAAAAUUAUUCAAUUUUUUAUUAUUUUUAUCAGAUAAAUAAUUUUAAAAUUUAUUUAUUUAGAUUUGUUUUAUGAAUAAUAAUUUUUUUAUUUAUGUUAUUAAUUU